GCACCUGAGGGGUUAUUUCUGCUGCGCAUCCCCACUGUUAUUUACGGUAACGUAGCAUUAUUACUGGUUGCGUCACUCUGAAAUAUCUGGAACGCUUUACGACACUGUUGACAACUGAGGCUUUUGUUUUCUCGAGCAGGUGUCUGAAGUUGGUAUAUUUAUUUUCAGUUAUUUUUAGUUUUCUACAAGAGUUGUUUGUAAUGAGUGUAAAAUGAGUGUUUUUGACUUAUUUCGCGGGAUUUUCGGAGUACCUGGAGGCCAUCAUCGUGGACGAAGGGACCCUUUCUUCGAUGCGAUGACUCAUGAUGAGGACGAUGAGGAUGAAGAAGAAGAUGGAUUUUACUAUGAUGGGUUCCGGGGGGACCAGCAGGACCCCUUUGACAGUGCCUGGAGGUUUGGCUUCAGCGUUGGCCCUGACGGGAUGAGGAUCCAGGAGCCUCCAGUGUUUGGCCACGUCCUCAGGGAGAUGGAGGAAAUAUUCUCCCAGCUGGGCCACUGGGACAGACAGCUAUAUUCUGGACACUUUGGUGUUCCCAGUAUCAUGCCGCCGCCGCCUCAGGAACGAGCAGAGAGGAGUGGAGGGGGAUCGGGUGGGAACCCCCUGAGAGACUUUAUGCUCAAAUUCCCGGACAACAACCCACGAGGACCCCAUGCAGGGCCAUCUCGAGAGCCCAGAAAUAACGGCCACCCUUCUUCUGAGUCACCCGAAUUUCCCAGCUUGCCAUUCCAUGGCUGGACCCCUUUCUCAAAGUUUAAUGAUAUUUGGAAAAGAGGGCCAUUGAAAGCUCCAGAGGACGAGUGCAAAGAAGACAGAGAUCUGGACUCUGCAGUGUCCUCUGGGGGCCUGGAUCAGUUUCUGGCACCACCUGCUGGUCAGGCUCCAAACCAACCCAGGACCCGCUCAUUCUUCCAAUCGGUCAUCGUCACCAAGGUGGUGAAACCUGAUGGGACUGUAGAAGAGAGGCGAACAGUUCGAGACAGCCAAGGUAAGGAAGAGACCACGGUGACCCACUCAGGAGGUCCUGGUAGGCUGGAGGGACCAGACCGUCAAACUGGACCUGUCAUAUCAGGUGGUCAAAAUCCAUUUUCGGACAUGCGGGAUGAUGACUCCUUAUUCUCAAAGUUCUUUGGGGGGGUUUAAAUAAGUCGUAAAGUGGAGUACUGUAUAUUCUCUGGGCAGGUUGAUCAUAGCUUUUGUUCCCUGAAAACAUUUCAGUUUGAGUGUUUAUCUAGAGCUUUACGUUUGCAUAUAUAUAGGAUAUAUGGACAGAACAGUUGCAUGACCCUACAAUUGCCAAAAUGUUGGAGUAGAGUCUUUGGCCUGUCUAAGGACACACCAGGAUUUCCAACUGACCACGUAGACUAGAAGCUGCCAAUCCCGAAGACUAUUGAUUUUGACAAAUCGAGACACAUCAGGUAAUAAACAAUUCACAAUUAGAUAUUUUAUUUUUGAAUUGUCCUGUAGGAUAAGCUUGUAUGUAUAUGAGUGUGUGAUAUGUCAAAUAAGGAGUCUUAAUAUAUUUACAUAGUUGUUAUUGGCCUUUUGUUUUAGGUUUAGUCCGUUUAGGCUACCCACUUUAAAAUAGGACCAUAACUUUGGAAAUAAGAAACGACACUCA